ACUGGCAUUCCUGUAGAGAAGGUCUCAACUGAUGAAUCUGAUCGCCUCCUAAAAAUGGAAGAAACACUUCAUACCCGAGUCAUUGGCCAGGAUGAAGCUGUAAAAGCCAUUAGUCGUGCUAUCAGACGUGCCCGUGUUGGACUCAAGAAUCCCAACCGACCUAUUGCCAGUUUCAUCUUUUCUGGUCCAACUGGUGUUGGGAAGUCAGAACUGGCCAAGUCUUUAGCAACGUACUACUUUGGUUCUGAAGAAGCAAUGAUUCGGCUUGAUAUGAGUGAGUUUAUGGAGAGACACACUGUGUCUAAACUCAUCGGUUCUCCCCCUGGGUAUGUUGGUUACACUGAAGGUGGUCAAUUAACUGAAGCUGUGAGGCGUCGACCUUACACUGUUGUGCUCUUUGAUGAGAUUGAGAAGGCUCAUCCUGAUGUCUUUAACAUGAUGCUUCAAAUUCUUGAAGAUGGAAGA